AGUAGUUUGUGGAUGGGGGAAGAAGAAAAAGAAGAAGAAGGGAGGGAUUAGUUAGUCAGAUGUUUUUGAAUGUAUUUUUUUUGUAUCAUAAAGCCUUGCCAAAGCAUUUUUGAGUUUAGUUCUGGAUGUGGUGGAGAACCCGUUCUUAGCUCAGAGCUUACACGGUUCAAAAAGAGAAAAAGGAGAAUUAUCUACUUCAGUUAAAUGACAUGAUAUCUCACCGCCAAACCAGUUUGGUGUUAGUGUUCAGGAUUGAAGAUUAAGUGAAGGACUUUUUUUUAACUGGAGUGAGAGGACUAUACGUUGACCAGUUUGCAGAGGAGCCAAAUCACAACAAGAGAUGGCGUACACGAUGUGGAUAUAUGUCGUGGUUAUACUCAUAUUGUCUGAAGCGUGGGGCAAAGAGCCAGGAUCUAAUCAAAACACAUCUGUGAUCACCAGCACUUCUCCUCCUAAAGUUCAUGUUCACAGAAACGCAUUGUUCAACCAGGGAAGGGAUGUGAACCUGACAUGCAGCGAGAGGACAUGGAAUGAGACCUUUUAUAUAAUCUGGGAAAUAACGCUGAAAAACAAAAUCUGUAAAAUAUCCUUGAACAGUGAUGGGGGAAGUGAAGACUCCUGCAAUGACGGGAAGUCACUUCGAAACACUUCCAGCUCUCAGUCAUACCUGCGCAUCUCAAAAUUCUCAAAUAACGACGUGGGGGUCUACAAAUGCCAAUCGCCUUACCGAGGAGGAACCGUGGAUGUUAUCAUCAAUGUGAAUACGACAGUUCUUCCCACUGUGACUAUGUGGGUUGAACAUGAGGGCAACAAGACGGUGGCAGUGUGCAAGGCUGGAAGAGGAAAUCCUGCCGCCAACAUCAGCUGGAGCAUCGCUGGGAACUGGUCUGUGGACUCUGUUUCCACAGAAGACGGACUUUUUACAGUAGAGAGUCGUCUGUUACUCCCCGAGGGAACAGACGCAGAAAACAUUAACUGUGUCGUCAGACAUUCCUGCUGGGAAGGGGAAAAGUGUUUCAGCCUAAACCACAUACAAGGUAAUGUUCUUUGGCUGCUCAUUCUUAUUGUUGUGAUAAUCACAGUGAUGGUGGCGGGACUUUUAUUUAUUGCACAAAAGAAACUAAGAAUGUUGAGGCAAUGCCAGCAGUCUGACCCCUCCUCAUCCAAAUCUCCACCAACAGAGGAUGUGGAGGAAGUGCAGCCGUACGCCAGCUAUGUUCAACGAGUGAACUCUAUCUAUAACUCAUCUGCCGAUUUGUUCACAUAAGAUUCCACACGUUACACACACUCGCUCACACGCUGCAUCUGCAAAUGCGUCUGUUUCUCAUUGUGAGAAACUGAAGGCUUUGAAACUGAGAUGUGUUGAAAUAGUAAAGAGAGAUGUGAAGGUGUGAUAAACUUUGAUAAAUAUGGAGCCUAAUUACUGAUGGAACAGGGGCUGUACCCAACGGCCUCAAACUGGCUCCAAAGCACAGAACAUAAAACCAGCACCCUGUGUGUGUGGGUGUCAUGAAGAACAUGACCUAAUGAACUGCUGUAUAACAGAGAAUAUCAUGUUCAGCUGGACACUGAUUCUACAGAAAGACAUUUCAUUGACUGUGAUUUUUAUCUCGUUUUUUAAGGAUAUUUUUGGGGCAAUUUUAGCCUUUAUUGGACAGGACAGCUGAAGAGAGACAGGAAGUGUUGUGAGGGGAGAGUUGGGGACGACAUGCAGCAAAGGGCAGAGGUCGGAUUCAAUAACUAAGGCUGCUGCGACGGGGACUAAAGCCUCUGUUCAUUGGGGCGCGCGACUCAACCACUAGGCCGCCGGCAGCCCUUUUAUCACAUAUUUAAGCACAGUGUGUGAAGAGUUGUUCAUCGUUUGUUUGUUAUAUCGCUGAGGUCAAACUAUUAAAAGUGUUAAGAAAAGAAAAAACGCUGUUAUUUAAUGAUUCAAGAUAAUGUGUGUAUUAUUUAAAGUUCUCCUGUUGUGUCUUUAUUUAUGAUUCAGUAAACACAUUAAUCAAGAAUACACCAGAACACAUUCAUCUACAUCUAUUGAAGCUCUACAAAAUAAAAACCUACAUUGAUAUUCAUCAAGAAAA